UCUGCAUGAAUCAGGGCAGAACCAUCCAUGUUUUUCAGCUCAAUUGACAAAACAGUCUGCUACAAUUGACUACAUUAAAUUUAUUUAAAGUGAUGUGCAAAUCAGUUCAGAGUUAAAUGUAAUUACAGGAGUACCCACAUUGAUAAAUCCGAUAACUAGUGUCUAAACCAUAACAUUUCGUUCAUUUUCGCAAAACAAAACAAACAGAUUAUUUUGGAGCUCCGACAACCUUACGAUUUGGUUGCUUGAGGAUGGAGGAAAUAUGCAGAGUUUGCAUGGGAACGUCCGGAGAAUUCAAGAACAUUUUUGACCAAAGACCAACAACGGAUAUGUGCAUUGGUGACAUGAUAUCGCAGUGCACAGGGUACGUGGUUAAGAGAGGAGAUUCGCUACCAGAAAACAUAUGUCCGCCUUGCCUGGACGAUGCUAUGAGUGCCUUCAAUCUGAAGUCCACCUGUGAGCAGAACCAUACAUUCUUUUUCACGCUGAUGGACAAGGAUAAGGACGAUUGGCUACAUUCAGAUGACCGAACUGAGCAAUCGAAACAUCAAGAUGAUAGCAAUAACAGUGAUAAUUGUGAACGACUCUUCAAAUGCUCCGUCUGUCCAAAGUCCUUUCCAAGAAAAUACCACCUCAGUGAACACAGCCAUAGCCACACUGGGAAGCGACCGUACACGUGUCCACACUGCUCGAAGUCUUUCUCUCAAUCUGGAACUCUCCGGAACCACAUCCGUACUCACACAGAUGAAAGACCAUUCCAAUGCGUUCACUGUUCCAAGUCAUUUAAACUGAAAUCCCAGCUCGUCGGACACAGCCGUACUCACACAGGGGAGCGACCUUACAAGUGUUCCUACUGCGCGGUGUCGUUUAAACAGCUCGCCCAUCUUACCUCACACAUACGCUCCCACACAGGAGAAAGACCCUACAAAUGCUCUCACUGCCCAAAAACCUUCACACAAGUGCCCAAUCUUAAUAUGCACAUUCGUACGCACACGGGUGAAAGACCCUACAAAUGCACCGAAUGCUCAAAGUCUUUUGUACAAAACUACCAUCUCAAGGAACACAUCCGCACGCACACUGGGGAGCGACCAUUCAAGUGUACGCAGUGCCCUAAGUCCUUUCAAAAAAAUGCAAAUCUUCUUGAACAUACCCGUACUCACACGGGGGGGCAACCAUAUCAAUGUCCACAAUGUCCAAAAACCUUUCUUGCUCGAGCGUAUCUCAAAAUUCACAUACGAACUCACACUCGCAACGCAGAGCUACCGUAUAAGUGUUCUCACUGUUCUGAGACCUUUGCCCAAGUGGGUAUUCUCCAGGCUCAUAUGCGUUCGCAUACGGAUGAACACGAACGACCUUACCCAUGUCCCCACUGCUCCGGAUGGUUCAGCUUGGAAGAUAACCUGAAGACUCACCUCCGAACGCACAUGGGUGAAGGACCCUACCAAUGCAACGAAUGCUCAAAGUCUUUUAUACAAAAAUACCUCUUUGAAAGACACAUCCGUACGCACUCAGAUGAUCGACCCUACCAGUGCUCUCAGUGCUCCAAGUCCUACAAACAAAAGGCCCAUCUCAGCAGUCACAUACGGGUUCACACUGGGGAGAAUAACGACAUAUCUAGUGUUUCCACUGGAGAAGAGACCCAAUCGAAGCCUCUUGAAGUGGAGGGGCCCCAUAAAUGCUCUCACUGCUCGAAGUCAUUUAAGAUACAAUCCCAUCUCCAAAUACACAUCCGUGUUCACACGGGAGAUCGACCGUAUAAGUGCUCUGACUGCUGGAUGUCGUUUAAACAACACUCCCAUCUUCGAAUGCACAUACGCUCCCACACAGGUGAAAGACCCCACCAUAAAACUGCGUUCCCUGUUAAAAUUUCGAAGUCAUAGUUCUCCAAGACCUACAAAGAAAAGACCCCUCUCAGCAUGAGACUGCUUUCAGUUUUCAUACUGGAGAGAAGAACGACCAAUCUAGUGUUACCACUGGGAAAGAGACCGAUGAAGAAAAACAUCAAGAUGAUAGCAAUACGAUUGAUAAUGUGUUCCCCCUUGAAGUCAUUUAAAAUGUAAUCCUAUCUGCAAAUACACAUUCUAGUUAUUAAUAUUAUUAUUUUUAAAAUAAACCGCCGAUAAGUUCUGCUUAUCGCACAAGAA